AUGAGUUUCGGCGCUGCUCGUGCAACCUUCAAUCAAUAUGACGUUAACCGUGAUGGUUAUAUUGAUCGAGGUGAAUUCAAUCAAUGGAGUGGUGGUGCUACUGCAGGCUAUGGUGCUGGUGGUAGUUAUGCUGCACAAACAUAUCCAACGGAUGCUCAAGGUCUUUAUCUAGAUCCAAACCCUCUAAUCAUUCGUCGUCAAAUUGCACUAGGUGCUCAACCUUACAAACAAAACGUCACAGUUCGGUACCUUCAACCACCACCUGUUCCACCACCAGGCCCACUAAUCAUCAAAGAAGUGCGUCCACCUCAACCACCUGCUCCACCUCCACUUAUCAUCCGUCAACAAGCUCCUCCUCUUCCUACACCUUCUCCACUCGUUCUUCGUCAACGUCCACCAAAUCCACCACCUGCAAUCACUGCUCAAAACUUUAUUCGUCGUUAG